AUGUUUUACAGACGUUUCUAUCGUUUAUUCUGUCGAUAUACUGCGUUAAUUCGUCUUGGCUCAUUGCGAAAUCUAUCAAAAAAUGGUGUAAUCGUAGCUUUAUUGGGUAUAAACUUGAAAUCAUCAUUUCGAAAUGCAUCACUUACGUCUGAUCAACAACACCGAAUCAGCCCACCGACCGAAUAUGAAAUCAACGAAGAAUUAUCGGUUCAGAGUGAUCANGAUGUGAUCUACAUGACACCGAUUGAUUUUCUUGAUUCAUUGACCAUGAAUGCACCUCGAGCAAGCAAAGAUCAUUGUUGCGCCCUAACGAAUGAAAUUUCUUAUUGUAAAUUUUCAGAAAGAGUCUAUCGGAAGGUUCUCAGUGAAAAAGAUGUGGGACAAAUUCUAUCGAAAACGCCACCGUUACAAGAACACAGCAAAAAUGUGUUAAGGAAUCUGGAUCAAAAUGGAAUAAUUUCAUACGCUGAAUAUAUAUUUUUGAUCACCCUUCUUACAAAGUCACAACGAGGUUUCCGAAUUGCUUUCACGAUGUUCGACAAAGAUGGAAACGGUCGAAUUGAAAAGGAUGAAUUUCUUGUGGUAAGAUCUCUGGUCUCAGCGCUUCGUUCAACGCGAUCAGUCGAUAAGGAGAAGGACAACUGUAGUUUGGACGGUGCCGACUUGCAGUAUCUAAUCAAACGUUUUGGAUUCACACCGCGAAAUUCCGAGGGUAUUCAUUUUCAAAAGAGUGAAGAAGAAGUGAAGAAGCAGGACACAACCCUACUGUUGCAUCUGUUUGGACGCAGUGGAAAUGAAACGUUGUCAUUUGAUCGUUUCCAGAUGUAA